AUGCCCUCGCUGACAGCCACGCGUCAAAGGGGUUCUACUGCAAGACCAAGAGCACCUAAUGAUGAAUUCGUAUUGUUUCUCCAGGGGAUUCCAGCUCAUUGUCGAUGGCAAGAAUUGAAGGACCUCGUGCGUCAGACUGCGCUACAUAUCCGACAGGCCGUGGUAUACGAUGACCAGCAGGGAUAUCCUACCGGGCUGGGUCAGAUCAUCGUCAAGAAUGAGGAUGAGGCAUGGCGCACAUAUCAUAGACUCUCCACCCACGGCUGGGACGGACAGAGUCUGGUCGUCACUCUAGCACGAACCAGCUCUCCCACUCAGCCUAUUGCCGGGCCGACGAAGAGCCCUCCCUGUAUGUUCAACCAGGGCCAUUACGCGUCAUCCUCGCCCAGGAGACUUGCCGGGAAUCUAUCCAUGCCUGCCUAUCCCCCAUUAUCUCCGGGAACCCCGGCAAUGCAUGCAUCCAGUCCAACAUACCAGUCUAGGGAAUUUGUAUCCAUGAUUGGGCCCCCGGGCACCACACCUCGCCCAUACGGGCAUGUUCCCGGCAUCUACACAGAACCACCAGUACACCAGGUGCACUCUAUCCCAGCAUCACCGGUGCCUCAUCCCUCCGUCUUCGAUCCCAUGGCGUUUACCGUUUUCUCGUACCCUCCCUCUCUCAUGCAGGCCCUGCAUGAGGCACCCUUGAACAACAUCCUGAUCAACAGAGCAAACAGCGGGAACUACCACUACCACCCCAAGAUCGAACACGGUCAUGGAUACGGCUAUGGAUACAUCAUUACAACGAUGCCAAUGCAGCCUCGAAAUCAAAUAUACCAUCCCCACGGUCAACAAUUUCAAAACCACCAUUUCUCCCAGCACCCCGUAUCCCUCAAAGAUGUCAACCCCAGCACAAAUACAGGAGAACAAGGACCCCUCUUCCACAAACCCAGCUCACCAGAGACCUAUAUACAGCCUACCCCGAAUACAGAAAUAACCCGCACACCUCAACCCGAAACGACAGAGCAAACAGUCCCGGCUAACCCCCAUCCAAACGGGAACUGCAACGCAGGCGGAGACGAAGACCUCGGUCCUCCGGGGGAGAAGAGAAACGGACCUGAUUCAAAUCCUACAUUAUAUGCUAAGGAGCAAAUAGCCCAACAGAACAUCUCCGGUAAUAAUGGCAACGAGCCAAAGCCUAAACCAGAGAUACCACAGUCCGGACCAAGAGGGGAAGAAGCAAAAGCAAAAGCAAAAUCUACGUAUCGGCAUCCGCUCGUCGUAAAUGGGUCCGGUAUAUCCAAGGCAUGGGGAUAA